CUCGUCGCGGUAACGGGCUGGUCGACGCCGCCGCCGCCGCCUCGCAGCCGGAGCAGCAGCAGUCAUCACUUCCGAAGUUUCAGUUCCGUACGUUUGGCGAUGUUAUUUAAAACCCCGGGCUGGUAACGGGAAAUUCGUUUGUACUGGUAUGUGUACAGUUUUUGGCAGUUUUUCCGUUGAUUUAACGACGUCUACUUCCAUGGUCAUUCAUCGAGCACUGCAGGUUGUUAAAUCUGUAGCAGCCUUUGGUUUCAUGGAUUUGUCGUUAGACAGCAGUGAAUAUUGCCAGGCACAACACAAUAAAUUGGAUGUGAAUGCAUACUAAAUUAUUUUAUUUGAAUAUUAUGCUUGCUCGUUGAACACGCAUUGAUCCUAAUCUAUCCUUAUUGUUGAAUCGUUUUCCUCGAUAAUUUAGUAUAAUUUGUUGGUCGUAAGAACAAAAAUACCGCUGUUAAUUAAUGGACUAAAGACUUGACUGUUUUUUGUCUUCAGUUUUCAGUUUGGACAUAGACAUCAUCUAAACAGUAAUUCAUCCUUAUAUAAUUUAAUUUUCCUGUUAUAUAUUAUAAAUAAGCUCAAUGAGCAACGAAACUAUAAUGCGUCAAAAAGACAUAAGACCACCACCCUGCGAGAUAGAUUAUAAAGGCAUGAGAUUUCUAAUCACCGAUAGACCUAAUGAUCAGAUAAUUCAUAACUAUAUAGCUGAAUUAAAGAGGCAUAAUGUUAAACAUGUUGUACGUGUUUGCGAACCAACAUACAAAACAGAUGAAUUGAAAGCAGAAGGUAUUGUGGUGACCGACUUGGCAUAUGAUGAUGGUACAUCCCCGGCAAAUGAGUUGAUAGAAGAAUGGUUUGAAUUAUUACGAAAUCAGUUUCGUACAGACGAGGGGAGCUGUGUUGCUGUACAUUGUGUGGCUGGUUUGGGUCGUGCCCCUGUCUUAGUUGCCCUGGCAUUGAUAGAACUUGGGCUGAAGUACGAAGAUGCUGUUCAAUUAAUCAGAGAGAAACGAAGAGGAGCUAUAAAUUCUAAACAACUGGCAUUUCUAGAAAAGUACCGUCCGAAAUCUAAACUGAAGAUAAAGAAUGGACAUAAGUCUACUUGUUGCAUCCAAUGAACACAUCCCCAUAUCUUGGUUAUACUAAACUUAAACUAAUAACCAUUUUUAUGCAUAGCACAAAUAUAAUAAUCACCAAAAACACUUAGAGAAACCCAUGAACACUAACAUUUGAAAAUUAUGUAUUGCUGUUGCGAUAAAAGAUCUGAUAACCUUUCAUUUAGUAUAGUGCAAAAUAAUUAGCGUGUUUAAAAUAAGAUUUAAUCAAAUUGUUGAACGUAAAUAAAUUUAAUUUGCUUUUUCCAAAA